GAAGGAGGAAUUCUCUUCUUUUUUUCCUGCUUGAGCUGGGACGUUUCGUUUCAUCUUCUCCUGCCCUUGGACUGGAAUUUGCAUUAUUAGCCCCCCUGGUUCUCAGGCCUGCAGACUCAGCCUGAAUUACACCACGGGCUUUCCUGGGGCUGCAGCUUGCAGGCGGCAGAUCGAGCGACUACUCGGCCUCCACAACCACGGAUGGUGCCUUGAACCGCAGACCGGACCUGGACCCGGACCCGGACCCGCAGAAGGCUCUCGGACGCCCUUCGCUGCGUGCCAGCCCGGCCAGGAAAGGGAGUGGACUCGGCACAUCCAGCGCUUGCUGCCGAGCCUCUUCUGCGCAGGAACGCAAGCUCCUGUCUCAACCAAGGCUCUGAGGCCGGAGGCCCCCAGCUCUACCUCAUGCGUGGGGGACCUUGCUAGCCAUGGCCCUCCUCCUAGGCUUCCUGCUGCUGCUGGAGUUGGGCUGGGAUACCUCUGCCCUGGGGCCGCUGUCAUCCACAAAGGGUUCUGAUGUUUUGGAAUUUGAAUUGCCUGCCAGGAACUAUGAGACCAAGGACUCUUACAAAGCUGGGCCCAUUGGCGUUCUCUUUAAAAUGGUGCACGUCUUCCUCCGCGUGGUGCAGCCCAAUGCUUUCCCCGAAGAUAUUUUAAGAAAAGUUCUACAAAAGAAGUUUGACUUCUCAACUGAGUAUGAGAAGAUUAUCUACUAUGAAAUCGGGAUUAUUAUUUGUGUUGUCCUGGGACUGCUCUUUGUCUUUCUGAUGCCUCUGGUGGGGUUUUGCUUUGGUCUGUGUCGUUGCUGUAACAAGUGUGGUGGAGAAAUGCAUCAGCGACAGAAGAAAAACGGGACCUUCCUGAGGAAAUACUUUACGGUCUCCCUCCUGGUGAUUUGUAUAUUCAUAAGCGUGGGCAUCAUCUAUGGCUUUGUAGCAAACCACCACCUGAGGACCCAGAUCGAAAAGACUCGGGAGUUGGCAGACAGCAAUUUCAAAGACUUGAGAACCCUCCUGAAUGGGACGCCAGAGCAAAUCAACUAUGUACUGAGCCAGUAUGCAACCACGAAGAAAAAGGCAUUCUCAGAUCUGGAUAAUAUUAAGUCAUUGCUAGGAGGCGGAAUUCACGAACAGCUAAGACCUAAAGUGAUGCCCGUGCUUGAUGACAUCAAGGCCAUGGCGGAAGCAAUCAAAGAGACCAGAGAAGCCUUGUUGAACGUGAAUAACACCUUAAAGGAGCUGAAGAAGUCAACCGCACAGCUUAACACCAGCCUCAGUGACGUGAAAAGGAAUGUGGAGCAAUCACUCAGUGACCCCAUGUGCUCUGUCCCACCAGUGGCCACCACUUGCAACAGCAUACAGAUGUCUCUCAGCCAACUGGAUGACAAUACCAACUUGGGUCAGCUCCCAUCUUUGGAUCAGCAAAUUGAUAAUAUUAAUCAUGUUCUUCAAACAGAUUUGUCCAGCCUGGUCCAACAGGGCUAUAAAUCCUUCAAUGAUAUUCCCGAGAUGGUGCAAAAUCAAACCACAGACAUCAUAUCAGAUAUCAAAAGUACCUUGAAUUCCCUUGGUUCAGAUAUUGAAAAUAUAGGCGAGCAGAUUCCGAUUCAGGAUAAGCUGUCCAAUUUCAUGGGUUACAUUAAUGACACUGAAACUUACGUCCACCAAAAUUUACCCACAUUGGAGGAGUAUGAUUCAUUCAGGUGGCUGGGUGGCCUGGUUGUCUGCUCUUUGCUGACACUCAUGGUGGUUUUUUAUUACCUGGGCUUGAUGUGUGGCAUGUGUGGCUAUGACCGGCGUGCCACCCCGACCAGACGAGGCUGCGUCUCGAACACCGGGGGCAUCUUCCUCAUGGUCGGGGUUGGCGUCAGUUUCCUCUUCUGCUGGAUACUGAUGGCCAUCGUGGUUCUCACGUUUGUCAUCGGUGGAAACAUGGAAAAACUGGUCUGCGAGCCUUACAAAAACAGGAAGUUAUUCCAGAUUUUGGACACACCAUAUUUACUAAAUGAGAAUUGGAAAUACUAUCUCUCUGGCAUGGUGUUUAACAAUCCGGAUAUUAAUCUCACUUUUGAACAAGUUUACAGCGACUGCAAAGAAAAUAAGGGCAUCUAUACCACACUUAAGCUAGAGAACAGCUACAAUAUCAGUGGGCAUCUCAGCUUUCAGGAGCAUGCUGAAAACAUAGACAAUGAUUUUAAAAAUCUGAAUGUAAGUAUCGACAAUGUUGUGCUGCUGGAUGAAGCAGGAAGAAGAAACCUUAUGGAUUUCAGCUCUUCAGGAGUAGACACCAUAGACUAUAACGUCUACUUGGCUGAGAUGGGUAAAGCUCCCACCAAAGUGAAUCUUUUAUCCUUUGCAAAUGAUCUAGAAGCAAAAGCCGACCAUUUGCCUCAAGGAAGUUUGAAACAGUCCCUGAAAAGUAAUGCACAAACCAUUAGAACGAUUCACCGUGGCCAAGUCAUUCCUUUGGAACAGUCAAUGAGUACUAUCUACCAAAGCAUCAAGGAACUUCAACACAAAAGCAAUGGAUUGGGGGUGAAAGUGGUCAAUAUCCUUUCCUCUCUGGAUUCUGCUCAGGACUUCCUCAAAACCCGCAUCUCCUCGGUUAUUGUUGAAGAAAGUAAGAAGUAUGGGAACACGAUAGCAGGAUACUUUGAACGCUAUCUGCAGUGGGUCAAGAUCUCAAUUACUGAGCAAAUUGCAGCCUGCAAACCCGUGGCCACUGCUUUGGACUCUGCUGUGGACGUCUUUCUGUGUAGCUACAUUAUCGACCCCCUGAAUUUGUUUUGGUUUGGCAUAGGGAAAGCCACCAUAUUUUUACUCCCAGCCAUCAUUUUCGCUGUGAAGCUGGCCAAGUACUACCGUCGAAUGGACUCAGAGGACGUGUACGAUGAUAUUUUAUACUGCUGAAACUGUAUCGCCAAAAAUAUGGAAAAUGGUAAUAUUGGUUUUCAUAGACAUCAUUCCACUCAGACUGUAUGAACAAAGUUUUUAAACAGAUCCAACGGCACGAGUUCUUGACCUACAGCACCUCCAAAUACUGGAAAAGAAACCCUUCCCUCCUGGAGUUUACAGAGUUCAGUGAUUUUUAUAUUCAACACGCACUGACACGCCAAAGAAUGAAAAGCGUGUACACCUAUUUUUUUUUAAUCUCUAGAAGUUUUGCUUUAAUCAUCUGAGCCUUCGAUGAAAGUUUCAAUAUGUAAUACAUUCACUGAAUUUCCAGUUUAGCUUUGGGAACAAGACAUGAAUUGUGUCCCAUUUCCUUGCUUGAUAACUUAGACUUGUAGUUAGAAAACGCUCAGCAAAUCGCAGAUAUGCGUGUGUGUGAACAAUAAAAGAAUGAU